CGGGGCAGCCGGCGGGCCGGGGCGGAGCACUCGGCCGCGCGGCUGCCGCCCGGGGCUCUGCCCGCUCCCCGCCCCCAGCCUCUCCGGCGCCGGGCAGCGCGGCUCCGAGCAGCCGGCGGCGCCGCGGCCGCGCAGCCUUUGUCUCCGGCCGCCGGCAGCGGAGCCCAGAGCAGGCGCCACGCGGGGACGGAGGAGGCAGAGAGGACAGGCAGUGACGGAGAGACGGAGAGGAGCCGGCGCGCGUCCCCCCCAUCCCCAUCUCGGUCUCCACCACCACCGCCACCACCAUCACCACCUUCACCACCAUCACUGACCGUCGCCCAUCCUGGCCCCCCCGCGGCCUGCCUUCCGCUCACAUUUCCCAGUGCAACGCCAACUUUCUCAGAUCAUUUCCUCUCCACGGGUAAUACUUUGAAAAAGCGACAGAGUGCCCCAAAUUAGGAGCUACAGAGGGCAUCCAAGUAGGACCCUCUGGACACAGUUGGUGGUCAAAGAGAGGAAGCUGUGACCGAUUAACUGAAAAUCCCAGCUAGUGAUCCCAAAGAAAGAGAAAGACAUUUCUCCCAACCAUUCCAGUGCCCUAGAGGUCCUGGACAUCCUGGAAGAAGAUGCAGCCUGCAGACAGAAAAUGACAGCCACCAAACUGCUGAAGGGGCCCGUUCAGUCCUUUCUAUCCCUGCUCCAAGUUCCACUCCAUGAUGGCCUGUAACCGCACAGCCAUCAAGUCCUAUGAAUACUGGCUGCCAAAUGGGAGCAACAGGUGGGACUCUGGGGCAGCCCCACCCCCUGCGCCCCUCAGGAUACCCUUGGCAGUAAUCAUGAUGCUGAUGAUCGUGGUGGGACUCCUCGGCAACGCUGUCGUCUGCAUCAUCGUGUACCAGAGGCCAGCCAUGCGCUCCGCCAUCAACCUGCUGCUGGCUACUCUGGCCUUCUCCGACAUCAUGCUGUCCUUGUGCUGCAUGCCCUUUACCACUGUCACCUUGAUCACCGCCCACUGGCACUUUGGUGACUCCUUCUGCCGGCUCUCAGCCAUGCUGUACUGGUUCUUCGUCCUGGAGGGCGUGACCAUCCUGCUUAUCAUCAGUGUGGACCGCUUUCUCAUCAUUGUGCAGCGCCAGGACAAGCUGAACCCGCAGAGGGCCAAGGUGAUCAUCGCUGGCUCCUGGGCACUGUCCUUCUUCAUGUCAGCUCCCUCACUGGCAGGCUGGACGCUCAUGGAGGUACCGGCCCGGGCACCGCAGUGUGUGCUGGGCUACACGGAGCUGCCAGCCAGCCGUGCUUAUGCGGUGACGCUAGUGGCUACAGUGUUCUUUGUACCCUUCAGCAUCAUGCUGUGCUCCUUCCUGUGUGUCCUGCACACGGUUCGGAAGAACGCCGUCCGUGUGCACAACCAGUCCAACAGCCUGGACCUGAGACAGCUCGCCAGGGCUGGCCUGAGGCAGCCCCAAUGGCAACAGCAGGUCAGCUUGGACCUGAGCUUCAAAACCAAGGCCUUCACCACCAUCCUGAUCCUCUUUGUGGGCUUCUCGCUCUGCUGGCUGCCGCACUCGGUCUAUAGCCUCCUGGCCGUGUUCAGCCAGAGCUUCUACUGCAGCCCCUCCUUCUACACCACCAGCUCCUGCAUCCUGUGGCUCAGCUACCUCAAGUCCGUCUUCAACCCCAUCGUCUACUGCUGGAGAAUCAAAAAAUUCCGCGAGGCCUGCAUCGAGCUGCUACCCCAGACCUUCCAAAUCCUCCCCAAAGUGCCUGAGCGGAUCCGAAGGCGAAUCCGGCCGAGCACCGUCUAUGUGUGCAAUGAAAACCAGUCUGCAGUUUAGUUGGGGGGCUGAGGAGCAAGGAGGCCAGCUCCUGCCUGGCCCAGGACAGAGCCUGGCUGUCCUUCUGCUCUGCUUCCUGGCCCUAGAGUUGUGGUCAGUGUUUUGUGGUGGUCAUUUAAGCACAAAGCUACUCAUUUGUUAGCAGAGAAGCAGCGGCACCUAAGUUUGCAAGAUGACUUCCUUUGUUUCUCGGUGCAGAAGGACAGUGUGGGGGACCCAUGGACACUGGAAGUUAAAGCAAAAUGAGAUGUGCAGACAUUUCCCAGAAAGGGAAGCUUGGGGCAGGGAGUGGAGUUCACUGGUGAGAGGCAGGUGGAAGGUCUGUGUACGGGGCUGUGUUCUGAAGUGAGGGCCCAGCAGGUACCUCUUGGGUGUGCAUUUGUCUUGUCUGAUGCCCGCAUUCUUCAGAGGUGUUUAUGUUUGUGGCAUAUGGGGAAACACAUAAGGUUCUCCAUACUGGUCAGAGGUGCCAAAUCAUCCCUCCUGUAAAACAAAAUCACACCAGGAAGCAGAGUGAACACCUGUACUUUUCUGUCCCCCCAGGUGACACAGAGGCUUCAGAGGCUCAAAGCCCAGAGAAUGUUCAACACAGCUCAGCUGAACUGAGGAGCCCACCCACCGCCACCCGGCUGGCCCACCAGCCCUGCGCCCUGCCUCUCCCAGUAUGGGUGACAUCCCUCUGCCCCUUCUCCCUCCCUCAACCCCCUCUUUGUUUUAAUCGCAGCCAUUCCAGUACACAGAAAAAACAUACUCCUCCUCCCAUUCUCCAUCUUUUCAGCCAGUGUCUGCAAUGGCUUCCUUUCAGUUUGAACGUCAUCAGUGGGCUUUGUUUACGUGUUUCCCCUUGACACCCCGUGGCUGCCAUGUCUGUAAUGGCCACCUGGGCCUGGGCACUGCAGCUGCGGCAGGGGUAGAUCACACAGCGCCCACCGAGCAGCCCUGCUGGCCCGUGUCCCUCCUACCUCACCCAGGUGUGCGGGGGCCCCUGGCCGCUGCUGUUGGGCUGCCACCCUUGACCUCGGUCCUCCCAGCCCAGGCAGGACUGGGGUCCCAGGACUGAGGCUACCUAAGGGGCACCUCUGCCCUUGGCCGCUACCCCCAGGGUCGCCCAUUUCCAUCAGAAGCUUCAGACUUUGAAGGAUGACUGUCCUGAGUUAAGGGCAUACCAUUGGGUCCAUUGAGCUCUCAUUCAGAUCAGAAGAGAACGGAAACUUUAGGAAGAAAUUCAGAAAAUUUGAUUUCAAGUCUAACUCUAUCUUGAACUAGUCAUGGUGAAACUAUGUGAAACUUGUUUGUUUCACCUCCCUUCUCUGGGCCUCAGUUUCCCCAUCUGCCAAGUAAGGAAGCAGGUCUAGAUAUCUUCAAUGUCCCUGUCAUGUCUCAGACACACCAGUUCCAAAUGUGUAUGUUUUCUGUGCACAGUCACUGGAUCCCCUGCAUUGGCUUAUUUAUCCAUGCAACGAGCAUGUAUUAAGUGCCUACUAGAUAGAAGGCACUGUGGGAGAGAGUGAUGAAUGAGGCCUGUGCUGUGUCCAGAAGCAGUUGUCCCCUUCAGCUCAGGGUAAUCAUGACUCAAAUGACUAGGAGCACAGAAGUCCGUGGCUUGUUUCUCUUCUUGUUUCUUUUUCUGGGUUGUAUUACAAGGCCAGCUCCCCAUUCUCAUGUUCUCCUGUGGUAUUGGUGACAAAGGCAGGAAAGAAAGAGAACAUAUUUAUAUUAAUCUAAGCCCAGAGGAGAGUUUGUCAAGAAAAUAAUUGACACCUUUUCUCACCAACUGUCCCCUUCUUUCAUAUCCAGACACAAGAAAGAGAGAGAGUUGCAGGCAGGCAAUUGGCAGGUGGUUGACUGAGGUGGGGCCUGGCCCUGCCAGGACAGGUUUUGCCUUCAGUUCCCAUGAGGCAGAGUUACACGGCCUCCAUGGUGUAGGGCACAGCCAGGCCACUGAGGGGACCAUGCCACUGGGCGUCUCCCCUCUGGUGCAUGUUUAGGGGAAUGCACUUCAGGAGGCUCAAGCGAGAGAGAGAAACCACAAACUGAAUGAAUGAAAGUACCAAAACGUACAUCCGUCACUGUUCGAUGAUGUGUGUUGGACAGAAAUAUAUAUGUUUCAAAGUAAUAAUUUUGUAUAUAUUUUAAAUAAAAUAUUAUUGC